UGUGUGCCUGCGUGUGGAUGCGUGUGCGUGGAGAAGAAAUUACGAGAUAGAGAGGGCCCCUCUGUUGUGGAGGAGGACUAGGUGAUAUAAAAUAGGCCUACAGGAGAGAUAUUUUUGGUGUACAUUCAAGCUGUUUUGGAGAGGCUGUUUAUCGGCUCAUCUAUUCGUUUGCCUGAUUUUGGACCCGUGUGCUUCUCUUGUAUCCAUGGGCUCGGUAGGCGCAUCUCUCGCCUCCCAGUAGGACAUAACGGGCAGGGCUACCUCGAAAUAAUUAUUUAUUUCGCUAUCUGUGCCGCAACGUUGAGAGAAACGUGAUCGAGAGGCAGCGAUAACAGUGUCCUUAUCAUGGAUUAAUGCUCGAGUAAAUUUUCAUCUGAGAGGUUCCCAAUGUUGAACAUGUCCACCCCCAGUGAGCUGAAGUCUCCCUGCGUGACUCGCAAUGGUAUGGUUAAGCUGCCUCCCAGCCAGCCCAAUGGUCUGGGAAGUGCAAGUAUAACCAAGGGGACACCAGCUGCCAAGAACCGCCUUUGCCAGUCCUCCUCCGUACCCUCCAUCCUGCCCCCUCCAUCAUCAUCUCUUCCAUUUCACCACCACCACCUGGACGGCCCUGGAAUUCCCAACUCAGCAGCCUCACUCUUGGGCUCUGAUCUUGAGCCUGGAAAACCUAUAGUGGGCUUGAAGCCAUCCCUUCGUCAGCUUCCCCCUCUCACUCUACCUAAACCUAUGCUGCUGGAGCGCCAGCUUGUCCUGGAUGAGAAGCUGCUCAACCGAUUGCUCUGGUAUUUCACUACAGCUGAAAAAUGUGUGUUGGCACAGGUAUGCAAGACAUGGCGCAAAGUGCUGUACCAGCCCAAGUUCUGGGAGAGCAUUACACCCAUCUUGCACGCCAAGGAGUUAUAUACUCUGUUGCCCAAUGGGGAGAAGGAAUUUGUUAGUCUGCAGGCCUUUGCCCUGCGUGGCUUCCAGUCCUUCUGCUUAGUGGGUGUGUCAGACUUGGACAUUUGUGAAUUCAUCGACAAUUACCCACUGUCCAAGAAAGGUGUUCGCUCGGUGAGCCUUAAGAGGUCUACCAUCACAGAUGCUGGUUUGGAGGUCAUGUUGGAGCAGAUGCAAGGCCUGAUGCACCUUGAACUUUCAGGCUGCAACGACUUUACAGAGGCUGGCCUGUGGUCCAGUCUGAAUGCCCGGCUAACUUCCCUCAGCGUCAGUGACUGCAUUAAUGUGGCAGAUGACGCCAUUGCUGCUAUUUCUCAGCUCCUGCCCAACCUUUCAGAGUUGAGCCUUCAGGCCUACCAUGUCACUGACACAGCCAUGGCCUAUUUCACAGCCAAACAGGGCUACACCACCCACACUCUGCGGCUUCACUCCUGCUGGGAGAUCACCAACCACGGUGUGGUCAACAUGGUACAUAGCCUUCCCAACUUGACUGCCCUCAGCCUCUCUGGCUGUUCUAAGAUCACUGACGAUGGUGUGGAGCUGGUUGCUGAGAACCUGCGUAAGCUUCGCAGCCUGGACUUAUCUUGGUGCCCUCGGAUCACUGACAUGGCCCUUGAGUACAUUGCCUGUGACCUGCAUAAAUUGGAAGAACUAGUGCUGGACAGGUGUGUGCGCAUCACAGACACUGGCUUAGGCUACUUGUCAACCAUGUCAUCAUUACGGAGCCUCUAUCUGCGCUGGUGUUGUCAGGUGCAAGAUUUUGGACUGCAACAUUUGUUUGGAAUGAGGAGUCUCCGUCUUCUGUCUCUUGCAGGCUGCCCUCUGCUGACUACCACUGGUCUGUCAGGCCUCAUUCAGCUGCAGGAGCUUGAGGAGCUGGAACUGACCAACUGCCCUGGAGCCACUGCUGAGCUCUUCAAAUAUUACUCCCAGCAUCUGCCACAUUGCAUGGUCAUUGAAUAAGACCACUAACCCCUCUCAACAACCAAUAGUUCACCAAUCUUCUUCCUUCUUCUUAAUAACUUUUCAUCACUCUUUUCUCAAAUGUCAGCAAAGAUACAGAACUGCUCCUACUAUAUCAUGUAGUUACUCAUUACCUGCCCCCUGUCUUCCUCCUUACCCUAUUGAGUUGACUGAUCCACAGGCUGACAGAGAAGCAGGAAGGCAGAUAAUGGUACAUGUCAGGCCCAGGAUGAUGGGAUAGAGUUUGAGCUUCGUUUAAGAAGACGCUGGGGAGGAAAGAGAUUGGUGUAACGUCUUGUCUCACAGACAGAUUCUUUGUUUUUUUUGGUUUUUUUUAAACAACAGAAGGCUUUUGUUUUUUGAGUGGUGCAUUUCUAAAGACAUUGAUAUUUUCUUUUCGGCUAAUUGAUACUUAAAGGGGUGACAUGUGGAUCCAGUUACAGCAUAGAUUAAUCUAUAAAAGGGAAAUUGAGACUUAAAGGUUUUAACUGCUAUGGCAGAACUCAUACGUGAGCUAAUGAACUGUAAACACACAUACACAUACUGUAUAUGGUAAGUGAAACAAAUGUAAGUCCUAAAGACCAUAAGUGAUGAUGUUUCUUUUUCCUACAUUCUGUGAAAUAUAAAUGCUGUUAUUCUUUUUUUUUUCAGAAGGUACAAAGGUUUUGUUUUCUCUUGUUUAGAGGGAUACUCCAGAUAACAGCUGGAGAAACAGGAAUCAGAGAAAACUAAAGAUACACACCAUAAAGUGUAAAACUGGGAGAUCGUAGUUCUCUGUCUCUCUUUCCCUCCCUUAUUGUGUGCAGUAUGUAAAUUGGACUCUCUCUUUUGGGCACACUUUUCCCUUGGUGUGUCUUAUCAGAAAUCAGAAAAAAAAACUUUAAAUAGAAAAAUGGUUACAGUUUACAGUGUUGAAGUUAAUGGGCUCAUUGUUUUAAUGUUCUCUUUAAAACGUUUUUUUUUUUUUUUUUUUACAGAAUUUACAGUUUUGAAGGAUAAGCUGUUGUAAACUGUGAAAGUUGGGAUUUUGAACAUGAAACUGGUUGCUGUGGCAGCUCAAAAAGAACAAAAAAGUGAAUCAAAGAGAGGGCAGAAUGUCCAUGAUAUUAUCCCCAUUUGGCAUCAUCAUUUGAUUUAAACUCUUCUCAAUCUUUUAACUGUGCGAAUUAAAACAAAUGAUCUUCAUUGGCUGCAGUGAUGCUAUUUCAAAGGUAAAAAGGGAUACAAGUAUUUAAAAUCAGCAGUAUUAUCAAUGUCCACUAAAAACCAGGGUCAUACUGUGACAGUACCUCAGGGUCCCUGUAAAGUGGCAGGUUUGAAAAUUGGACUUUGUUUGGACUGUUCUGAAUGUUUUAUUUAAUUGCCUUUCAUUUAUUUAUUUAUUUUAAAUCCUGAAUCAUGUUUAACCUUCUUAAGCUCAAUGGGAUCAUGUAAAUGCUCCUCUUAGUCACUAGCCCUACAAUUGACGACUGGUCUAACACUAAAAGGUUGAAUUGCAAUUGAAAUAUUGUAAUUAUGAUUAACAUAAUGUUUGUAAAAUAAAAUGAGAUGUGAGUUUAUAUUGAACUUAAUACCAUAAAAUGCCUUCAAAGGGAAAACAUGCCUUUGAAAGCACGUCAGCAUAAAAUAACCUACAAAAGGGUUAACAAGCUUCAUUUUUUCAAGAAAUUCAUAAAUUGUUGCUUUUCAACCUGAUACGGUGUAACUUGUUGUCUUGUGAGGAUUUACGUGUUUAUUUUGACAAUUUGAAUAGAUAGAGGAUGUUGUGGGAGGCAGUUAAGAAUGAAGUUAUGCCUGGAACGUUUAACUUCAUGUCUUAAGAUGAAAUCUUUGAAAUUUGGCUUCAAAUUCUUAUUUCUGCAGUUUGGUUGUUAUGAGAAAUGAAAAGUCUUAAUGUAAUGUAACUAGAAAGUUCAUCACUGGAUCUGGGAAAACUACUGUCAGAUGAUCAGACAGGUUGUAAAAAGACCAAAAGAUUACUCAGAGUUAUUUAUGAAAAGGUGAAGGUGAGUGCUAAAUACGUACUAUUUUUCUUAGGCUUUAGUUUCUCAUUUUGAAAAAAUGGACACUUAAAAGCUUCUGAGAGUGUUUCUGGUUAUACGUAACAAGGGAAGAUUUAACGUUUCUAACUAAGUAUUUUUAUUUAACAUCGAAAGAGGUUGUUGAUGCUAUCAAGUAAAAAUCAAUUAACUUUUCAGUCAGAAGUUGUUUCCCAUUCCCGCAAUCUUUCUUUAUUAAGGGGACUGAAUGAACGGAACAAUGAGCCACUGUGCUGCUUUCUACUUCUUUGUGUGUUCCCAGAUGUUGCUGACUGCCAUCUGAAGGGAUUGGAUAAGGGUCAGCCAGUGUUAGAUUGUGCCAAAUGCAUCUGUAGCAGCACAUACACAUGUGGCUGCUUGCCUCUGGCUGAUUGCUGACUACACUGAAGUGGACUGAUAACUUUAUUGACAUGGCAGACCAUGCAUGUGUUUGGUUGGUCUGUGUUUUUGUUUGGAUAGGCUAAUUUUAGAGGUUCUGAAUCUUUUAUUGUACAUAAGUAUAUUUAUUUAUUUAUCUAUGUAUUUAUUUAAAACAAUGUCUUGCUUAUUUUCAGGAUUUAUUUAUUAAGGAGCCUUUCUUUCAAAGGAUUUUGUUACAUGGGUUUUGCUUCAAAUUUGGGCCUGCAGUGGGUUAUGCAAUGUUCACUGGUUUUGUUUAUAAAACUCUUUAUUUUCUUUUUUUUUACAUUUCAGAAUCCUUAGUAAAACAAUCCACUUGUUUACAUUGAAAACACACUGUUUUGAACACCAGUGACCACAUCAUUAAGACUGACUUCAAUUUUGAAAUUUCAUCAUGCGCAAAGUAUAUUUUCCUCUGUUUUAGUGUGUCAUCUUUGUAUUGCUAUGGGGUCCAUUAUUAAGAACAGAAACCAGGAGUGACAGGUUGUAUUUUGCUGUCAUUGUCUUGACUGUGGGAAUACAGAGUAUGGUAUAUAUGAAAUCAUUUGACCUCUAAGAUUGACCCUGUGGUGGAAAAGCAAUGUUUACAUUAUCUGUUAAUAUGGCAAAGGGUUACAUCUCAGAGUUGUUCAUGCAGAAGAUAAUGAUCCUGUGGAAGCUUAUUAUUGACAAAACUGCUGAAAAGGGAAGUUUUAAACAUGGUAAGAGUCAGGAUUUACACUAGCGCCUUGCUCACUAGCUCUGUGAAAGCAUAAGUUUUAAGAUGGAAAGUGUGCUGUUACACAGAUUUUGAAUUUUCCUCGUGGGGAUUAAUAAAGUAUAUUAUUGACAUUAACCUUCAAUGGGAACUUAAUAAUUAUGUCACAUCUUACUUAUGAAUGGCCACCUGGAAGGAACACCUACAAUUCUUGAUCAUAUUUUACUGCUCUGGGCCUACUUGCAGAGUUACUGUGCUUUACUUGUGUGAGUUUGUACAAAUCAUGGAUUUCAUUCAUAAAUUGGCUGCAUCUGAUCAAAUUCAACUACAGUUUUGCUUUUCCAAAGAAAACCGAAAAAUUAGAAAGGUUCAUUCAAAAUUUCAUGUUUUGUAUUUUUUUUUUUUAUUACUGAAUGAUGUUGUUUUCAUUAAACUAAGUUGACAGUUGUUUACUGUAAUCCUCUGUUUAAUUAUCUGUGUCGGAUAAGCAUGCAAAAUGUUUCAUGUGCCAUUUCAAUGUCAGUGAUGAAGAGUUGUAUAAAGUGAAAUAAUAAGUAGAUAAUUGGGCCAGACAUAAUGUACUCUAUCAUGCUGAAAACAUUCUUUUCAAAAUGUGUACUGCACAAACUGGUCUGUUGCUGCCUUCUCAAACUCUGGCUCCCAAUUUGUUCACUAAUCUUUACAGAUUUUCCUCACUUUUUCAGAUCUUUGCUUUUAAUAAGCUUCCAAAUGAUACAAAUGUAAGUUUACAUAUUCUGAAUUCAGACAUGCACAGUCAUGUAUUUCUCAUCAAACAUCUAACGGUGAACCUUUCUGGUGUACAUUAUCUAGGGUACUUUUUCUAAAGAAAAUGAUUCCUGUCACUUCUAUCAUUGCCAACUGUCUUGGGUCAUAAUUUGUUACCAUUUUGUUACAAUCCUUGUACAGCACAACUUUAGUAAGCAGUAAAAUAAAUACAGACAGCUUACUGAUAAUAUUGAAAAUGGAAGAAUGUGUGUGCUGUUUUGGUUUCAGUGUUUUUAGCUCUCCUGUGCCUGUAACUAUCUUACUUUGAUUGAAGACCAUCUUUGGACUGAUGACCAGCAGCUUUUGUGCUUUGGUACUUUGCAGAUGUUUUAGACCAUUUAAAUAAAGGACUGACUCAUACCAA